AUGGAACCAGAGAAUGAUACAAAAAUUUUGGAAUUUCUUCUUCUGGGAUUUUCAGAGGAACCAGAAUUGCAGCCCCUCAUAUUUGGUCUGUUCCUCUCCAUGUACCUGAUCACUGUGUUUGGAAAUCUGCUCAUCAUCCUGGCCAUCAGCUCAGACCCCCACCUCCACACCCCCAUGUACUUCUUCCUCUCCAGCCUCUCCUUUGUCGACAUCUGCUUCACCUCCACCACCAUCCCAAAGAUGCUGCAGAACAUAAGGACACAGAGCAAAGUACUAACCUAUGAAGGCUGCAUCACCCAGAUGUAUUUUUUCAUACUCUUUGCAGUAUUGGACAUGUUUCUCCUGACCGUGAUGGCCUAUGACCGAUUUGUAGCCAUCUGUCAUCCCCUGCAUUACAUGGUCAUCAUGAACCCCCGGCUCUGUGGUCUGCUGGUUCUGGUGUCCUGGAUGAUGAGUGCCCUGAAUUCCUUGUUACAAAGUGUAAUGGUGUUGAGAUUGUCUUUCUGUACAGACUUGGAAAUCCCCCACUUUUUCUGUGAAAUUAAUCAGUUGAUUCAACUUGCCUGCUCUGACAUGUUUCUUAAUGAGAUAGUAAUGUAUUUUGCAGCUGCAAUAUUGGGUGGUGGUUCCUUCACUGGGAUUCUUUAUUCAUAUUCCAAGAUAGUUUCUUCAAUACAAAGAAUCUCAUCAGCUCAGGGGAAGUAUAAGGCGUUUUCCACCUGUGCAUCUCACCUCUCAGUUGUCUCUUUAUUUUAUUGUACAUGUUUAGGAGUGUACCUUAGCUCUGCUGCUACCCACAGCUCACAUUCAAGUGCAAUCGCCUCAGUGAUGUACACAGUGGUCACACCCAUGCUGAACCCCUUCAUUUAUAGUCUGCGGAACAAAGACAUGAAGAGGGCUCUGGAAAGAAUCAUUAGGAAGGCAGAGCUUCAUUCUCCAAUAUCAACCACCUGGGAAAGUUUUGGACUUCCACCCAGAGACCUCCAUCUCAACCUUUCUAUCCAGAAUCACCUAUCAGAUCAGCAGUACAAGAUUAUUAGUGAUAAUUACGUGAUAAGAAUGAAAAUAUACUUGGAUGAAAUUCAAGAAGAAAUUGGAAGCACAAUGGUAUCAGUAAAAUUUGAACAUUCCCAGGGAGAUUUAGGUGUAGAAUACCUGACCACCUGGACAAAAGGCUGGAUGCACAAUAAGAAGGCACAAGAGCAUGCCUUGACGGGUAAAUUUCCAUACCAAAUUAUGGAUACUGACUUCGAAUGCAAAGUGUAUAUUGCAGAAUUCAAUUAG